CCCCGCGCGCCAAGAUGGCGACGCCCGGUGAGGCUGGAGCGGGUCGGAGUUCCGACAGCGGCUCCUUCGCCUUCCCCUUCUCCGUCCCGCACGGCUCCGCGGGAUCCGGCGCGGAGGAAGCGUCCAAGAAGCCGUGCCGAGCGUGCACCGAUUUCAAGAGCUGGAUCCGCCAGCAGAGGAGGAGGGAGGGCGCGGGCGGCGCGGAUCCAGCAGUGGUGGAGGAGAAGGAGCCACCACCGGAUUGUCCUCUUGACAGUGAGCAGCUGGGCCGCAGCACCUGGGCAUUCCUGCACACCAUGGCAGCGUAUUAUCCCGACCACCCCUCCCACACACAGCAGAAGGAGAUGAGGGACUUCAUCAGCCUCUUCUCCAAGUUUUACCCUUGUGAGCACUGCGCUGAGGAUCUGAGGGAAAGAUUACGUGCAAAUCAGCCCGAUACUAGCAACAGAAAUAACUUCUCCCAGUGGUUGUGUCUUCUUCAUAAUGAAGUGAACAGGAAACUGGGGAAAUCUGAAUUUGACUGCUCUCGUGUGGAUGAGCGCUGGCGAGAUGGUUGGAAAGAUGGGAGUUGUGAUUAACCCAUAGAGACUGCUUUGGAAAUCUAAGAGACCAAUUCAGUGCAGUGUGGACUGAUUACAGGGCGAUGUGCGAGUCAGUAACUGUGUGUUUACCUGCUUGUGUGUGUGGCUGAUGAAAUAGAGGUAAAUCUGUUCUAAAAGUACAUUUGAAAAUCUUAUCCUAAUGAUAUUUUGAUAAAUGAUUGCAUGAAUGUGUUACCUGAGGGAUUGAGGCCAUACGUUUGACACAGGAAUUGCCAGAAACGUGUGAAAUGAAGUCACUGACAAAGGCGUGGAGACUUUUCCAUCGCGACAUUUCCUGAUUUUAGGGGCAUUUGCUGUUUGCUGUGACUAGUAUUGGUUUUCCCUGAACGCAGUUGUACAGGGCUACCCUGUGGCAUUUCACCUUUAUCUACAGACAUUACCCUGGUGUUUUAGAAAAUGCACCUGCGUAAUUGUAAUUUUCAUUUCUGUUGUUCUGAUAGCAGAAACUCCAGCAGUGUUUUAUGCCAGGUCUGUACUCCUGUCUCUCUCGUUCCAAGAUCUCCAAUGUUUUUUGUUAAACUUGAAUCCAGUUCCUUUGAUAAAAGGCCUGAAGGCAGGCACAUUUAAUUUAAAUACUAAAAUCAUAGAGUUGAGAUAUCUCACUGUAUUUUUUGUGUUUCAAUUUAUUGUUUAAGGGGACAUUGUACAAAGGGAAACAAAAAGAGGAUAAAAAAAACCUCAUCUAAUGAAUGAAAUGAAGUAUCAACUGGGUGAAAUUCAAAUGUUUUACAUUGAUUGCUAGUUUUUUGGGGGGUCCAGAAGUUGUAAGAUGAUGAGUUCUACUGAACUACUUAUUCUUAAAACAGAUAACCUCUUCAUCUCUGCUGUGAGCUUUUGUCUGUUGUGCAAAUGGCUUGAGAAUGGAGUUUGUAAUGCUUACUCAGCUUUAUUUAGCAUUCAGUAUUUCAGGGAUGUCAUUUGUGAUUUAAAUUCCUUGAUUGGUACUUGCAGACCUGGUUGACAUUCUGGUGUUAGCCCCUAGCUAAAAACCUCUCAAGAACAAAAGGGCUUUACAGCCCCCUGCAGUAUUUGAGUACUGCUGAGGUCUGUGGGGUCAACUUUGUAUGGAUUGCACAGGGGACUCUGAGAAGUCCCUGGGGCACAUUCCCUCUGGAGAAACUGCUCAGAAUGUAUACGGUGUGUGUUUUUCCCAGGUCAGCUAUGCUGCAGCAGUGUUCGAUACUUAAGUGUGAAUUUCAGAUUCAAGUGAAAGAGCAGCAUCGGUUAUUUACACCACAAUGUGCAUAAACAUGUCUAUCUAUAAAAGAGACAGCUUACAAAAGAAGAAAGUCAAAAUAAUUUCAAGUCCUUAAAGUAGACAGUGAUAUCACCUCUUCAUUGUGUUUCUGACCAUGGAAAGUUUGCAGAAGUUUGCACAAACCCUGACAGUAAUCAGCUUUUUCCUUCUCUGCUUCCUGCUGAGGUGGUGUGUUUUAUCGAGCUUCCUUAUGUCCUGCACUACAGCACUUCUGUAAAUUUACUCUUGCUCAUAGAGUGUUACCUGGAAAUGUUACUGGUACUUUUAGAGUAGAAUUAGAGUUGUGACAGUUCAUAUCUGAGACCUUUAGUCUUCAAACACAGGGCUCCAUAGUGUUUUGAAAAGCAAUAAGAACCUUGGGAGUACGGUUUAAUGGUUUAUGGCACACUCAGGUUCUUUCAAGCUGCACCUGUUAGGACAGUGUAAGACAUUUUAUGGACUGGUUCUUCAGGAAGUUUUUAAUGUAAUAGUGUUUCUAAGCACAAAACCAACAAAACCUGCUGAUAAGGUACCUCAUGAAGUAUGCAACCUGACUUAUGAUUUAAAGGUAUCAUUUGGGUCAUUAGAAAUGCUCAUAAAGUUUCCAUAUUGGCACAUUGUUUCCAAGAACAAUGAAAUCCUAGCCCUGCUUUGGGUUUUUUUUUUUAAUAAUAAACCAAAUUCUCCAAAUGAAGCACAUUGGGUCCACUCAUGGGCAGCCGACCAAGUGGCUGUACCCUCAUUCCUUCUGUCCGGCAUGAUGGGAAUUAACCCCUUCUGCCAGGGCUGCAUUCACAGCUGGCAUCUGGACAGGCAUUUUCUUCUGGGCUUACCUGCACUGAAGGAGAAACGUUCUUCCUUUCUGACUCUUCCUCCUUUCCACACUGCCCUCAACUGUUCCCUGUGACACUUUCAUUGUCUGUGCAGCAGACAAUGAGAUUCAGUCCUAAUUUGCUUUAGUGUAAAUGUUUGGGUUGGUAAAACACCGAUCUCGCCCUUGUUCAUCGUAAUUCUGACUGCGGGGCAGGUUGGGGAGUUGCACUGCCUCUGUGAGCGCACUUGAGCUCUGCAACCCAGUCCUUGGGCUGCUGCUGCUUUGUGCUGGGAAGUGGUAGCUGAUAUAUGCAUGGAGAUAUUCUGAAGCAUCUGUCCUCACCUUAUGAAUGUGAGGGGGAAAAUCGGCGUGUAAACAGAGGGAAAAGUCUUUUCCUUCUUCCAGUGUGGAUGUUCUGCUGUCCUGGCAGUGGUGCAGGGGUAGGAGAAGAGCCUCAAAGCUGAAGCCAUUGUCUUUAGUCACCGGGAUGUAGUCAGGGCGGUUUGUAAUCUCUCUAAGUGGCUGUGUGGUAAAAUCUGUGCUAGUGCUCUGCUCUCUCAUGUUUAUGGUUUUGCAGAAGAGCUUUGACAUAGAUAUUUCUCAGGCAUCUCUGUGGACUUGACUGUGUGGGAGGGGGGAGAUUUUUUUGCUGCUCAUUUGUACCAUGGUUUUAAUCUCACAUAAGGAAUUUCUAUUGAAGAUAACUGUACAGAAGAUUGUGAAUUCUCUUCUAAAUGCACUUGAUUAAAUCUAGUUUUAAAAAUAUCUGUAUUCAAAUAUUUUCUGUUGAUGUGAAAAUAAUAAAGUAACUGAGU